UCUGUGGUGAGGCUUCGAUGAAUCGAAAGAAAGCAGUUCCUGUCUUUCCCCUUCUUCCUCCCUAAGUCUCUUCUCCGUCUCAGAUCUGAGCACCUCACCGGCGGCAAUCAUACCGGCGGAUAUCACAACCUCACGGAUGGAUUCCGGCCUUUAGGCCCCCGUUUCAUCUCCUUAAUCUCCCCCCCCCCCCCCACCCCCAAUUCGUAAGCGAGGCAACCCUACUGGGUCCUCCGCCCGUGAUUACAGCCAUGGAGUUGCCGUCCAAGGAAGAUACGCAGCCGAAGCCGCGUCUCAUCGUCCGCCUUGGGGUAUUCCUCGCUUCCCACCACAUCCUCUUCAGUGUUUUGUGCUGUUCCGCGGGCAUUAUCGCACUCCUCUUCCUCCCUUCACUAGCCAAGAGCACAUACCUCUCAGAGAAUGCUCUUAUACCUGGCUCUGCAAAUCCAUUAUUUUCCAAUGAAGAUGUCAUGGAAGCUAACAAAUUUAUCAGAGGAAUUGAAGCUGUAGCUGGGGAAUCAAGAGGCGGAAGCGUAAUGCCUAAAUUUAUAGCGCAACAGAUAAAAGAUCUGGGUGCAGAAGUGUGUUACCAUGAGUUUCUCCCUCAUAGCAAGCAUUUUCACCCUCUGAAGUUCUUCACUUCCAUGGCAAAGGAUUUGCCAGUUGAACCUAAUGGCACCUACACCAACUAUGGAACAAAUACUAUUGGCAUUAUACGAGCUCCUAGGGGUGAUGGAAAAGAAGCAAUAGUAUUGGUUACUCCUUAUAAUUCUCAGAGAGCUGAAUCAAAUGAAGUAUUAUCACUGGCUCUUGGUUUCUCUGUCUUCUCCCUCUUAAGUCGAGCUGCAUGGCUGUCAAAGGAUAUUGUGUGGCUAUCUGCAGAUUCACAAUUUGGCGAAUAUACUGCAGUUUCCGCAUGGUUAAACCAGUACCAUAAUCCUAUGUUUCUGGGUCACCCAACGAUGUUAGAUAGCAAGCUGUUUGAUGCUAUACAUGAACCUGAUGGUAUCACUGAAAAGGCAGAAUUUAUGGAUUUCAAACGUGCUGGGACGAUGGCUGCUGCUCUGAUAUUUAAAGUUGGCGAAACUAGGAACCAUGGUGAUAGAGAUAGUCUUACGAUGUAUGCAGAGGCAUCUAACGGCCAAAUGCCAAACUUGGACCUUCUGAAUGUGGUGCACUAUCUAGCUGUGCAUAGGCAAGGUUUUCGUGUGAAUAUAGAGACAAUUAAUUCUCUGUUGAGUUCUGCAUGGCUUAGGGUUAUUGCUGAAGUAAUUCAAACUCUUGGGAGUUUGUUGAGAAAAAUAAAUCCUGACUGGAAGCUUGAUAUCAAAGCCCCUGAUUAUGUGGAGGGGACUGCAAACCUCGCUAGCUCUAUGUAUAACCAGGCUCUUGGAGUGCCCACUGGAUCUCAUGGAGCAUUCCGUGACUAUCAAGUUGAUGCGGUUUCCUUAGAAUUUUCACCAACAUUUGAUCUGAGAAAUGAGAACGCAAAAUCUUCAUUUAUUGUAAGAGGUGGAAGGUUAAUUGAAGGGGUGGUACGUUCUGUGAAUAACCUGCUCGAGAAGUUCCAUCAAUCAUUUUUCCUCUAUUUCCUUGCAGCUCCAAGCAAGUUCGUUUCAGUUGGUGUGUAUAUGAUUCCUUUUGCUCUGCUUCUGGCACCCCUGCCAAUAGUUGCUGCUGCUCUUGCUGACAGCAAAACCAAGGGAAAAUCAUUGGAUGGCAGUAAAACUAAGGUUAGUGCUGAUAAAAUGCAAGCUGAGGGUGGAUCGUGGAAAUGGCUUCAGGCUGCAAGAGUAUUGCUUGUUAUCCAGUUUUGGGCAGUGAUUGUUUCAUUACUACCAUAUUACAUUAGUCAAAUUCCUGAUGGUACUCCAAUACAAAGUGCAGUGAUUUGGGUGGUGCUCUCCAUUAUUCUACUGAUCAUCCUGUACACCAUGUUUGGCUCACCAUACUCCACUGGUGUUGAAUGGAAACUUCUAAAAGCCACGAUGAUCACUUCCAUCUCAAUAGGACUGGGGCUUAUGUCAAUAAUAAAUUUCGCUACUGCUCAGCUUGGGGCUUUGAUAGUGAUCCCAAUGUGUUUGUUUUCUCGACCACUGAAGGCACGGGUUGGGAAGAAUUCCUUUCCUCGGGCAGUAUUGUUGGCUGUGAACAUAUUUAUUGCUGUGGUGGGUUUUCCUCCAGCUGCAUUGUUGAUUGUGAAGGGGGUGUCCAAGGGGUCAUGGACGUUAGACAUUGGAGAAUUUUGGGCGUCGAUGGAGUUCUUGUGGGAAUGGAGUAGCGCUACGUAUCUGUAUCUAUUUCUCGUUCAUCUCCCUUGCUGGCUUUUAUGCAUCCAUGUGUUGCUGCAUCCAUGCCGCCAAGCGGGAUCAAAGGUUAAGCUGGAGUAGCCUGGUGGUCUCAGGAAUUGUUUGGAGUCUAGUGAACUGUGUAACAUAUAAGUCGGAGUUUCUGUAAGUUUUUCUGUUUGCUAACAGUUUUUUCUUCAAAGACUUGCUUUGUUUUAGAUAGAGAGGACCUAUAUCAUGGUCGAUGUGUGAAUGGUGAUGCUUUUAUCUUGCCGAUGCAAACGAGCUCUUGUACGGUGUUUCAAGCCUUCUGGAGGCGAUUCGAGCUUGUACAGAUUUUUUGGCCAGAGAUGAUAAUAGCUAGUUUUUCCUUUGUUCCUACAUA